AUGCGCUGGAACUUCCAAAUCUCAACCGCACACACCAUCUCUCAUUCCCCUCCUCCAUCCCCGUCAUUGCUGCAUACGUCGUCGCAAUAUACACACAAGAGGAGCAGAGAACGUCGACACACACCAUACCGCCUACACCUCACUGAUCAUUCUCCCGACGAAACUCGCCACGCACAGUUGCACAGUACACACACGCGUUCCACGAUGACCACCGUCACAUCCUCCUCUGCAGGGCUCUCGCUCUCUGCAGAGCGACCCAAGAACAUCGAGACCCAACACGAGGACAUGGUACACGAUGCACAGCUCGACUUUUACGGGAAACGUCUCGCCACCUGCUCCUCCGAUCGAACCGUAAAGGUGUUCGACAUUGUCAACGGCACUCCCUCCACCACGCCAGAGACGCUCCACGGUCACCAAGGUCCCGUUUGGCAGGUCUCAUGGGCUCAUCCUACCUUCGGCGACAUCCUUGCCAGCUGCUCGUACGACGGAAAGGUCAUCAUCUGGAAGGACAACGGUGCAGCCGCUUCAAAUGCUGCUUCAGCCCCCUACGGCUCCCAAUCCGCUUACGGUGCUCCCAUCUCGUCCGCAGGUGGCUGGACAAAGAUCAAGGAGCACACCCUCCACACCGCCUCCGUCAACUCCAUCUCGUGGGCUCCUCACGAGCUCGGAUCCAUCCUCGCCUGCGCCUCUUCCGACGGCAACGUCUCCGUCCUCACUUUCAACAACGACGGCACCUGGGCUGUCGACCUCGUAGCCGCACACCCUGUUGGCUGCAACGCCGUCUCUUGGGCUCCUGCGGUUGUACCCGGCUCCCUCAUCUCUGCUCAGUCUACCGCUCCCACCACCACCGCCGCCGCAUCCAGCGCCGAGCCCAAGCUCGUCAAGCGCUUCGCGUCAGCAGGCUGCGACAACACGGUCAAGAUCUGGGAAUUCAGCCAAGACGCCAACCGCUUUGUCGAGGCGGAGUCGCUUCAGGGUCACUCGGACUGGGUGCGCGAUGUCGCUUUCGCUCCCAACGUCGGUUUGCCACGAAGCUACCUCGCCACCGCUUCGCAGGACCGCACCGUCCUGAUCUGGACACAGGACUCGCCCACCGCCGCUUGGGAAAAGACGGCAUUGAAUCCCGCCUCGUCUUCGCCAACACCAGCUGCUGCUACCAACAAGUUCCCCGACACCGUUUGGAGAGUCAGCUGGAGCGUCAGCGGCAACGUGCUCGCGGUGAGCUGCGGCGACGGAAAGAUCACGUUGUGGAAGGAGAACCUCAAGGGUGCUUGGGAAUGCGUCAGCGAGAUGGACUCCUAA